AUGGUUUCAGUACAUGACCUUGAGCGCGCCAGCACACUAGCCAGGGAAGCAGUCGAGCUCGUCGAUGCCGGACACAAGGAGGCAGCAUCUCGCAAUCUCCGGGAGGCCAUAGCCAUUGCCCCGGACAGCGAAGAUGUCAAGACGGUCUUCCGCAAGAUAAGAGAGGACGAGGAGAACAGUCAUCCGCUGCUCAACCUCUGUCGGCGCUUCGUCACCCUGCGAGACGAAGGCGCUGCCCGCGAAGCCACCCAGUAUCUUCGCUCAGAGGGCCUGCAGCCACCGCCGGAGGUGGCUCUGGAGUGCGUCAAGCUACUCCUGGCUGAGCCUGCUGCCUCCCUGCCAGCCGGACAGGACGAUAUCAUCACCGGUCUUGUACGGCAGAGCUCUCGUGUUCGCAGCUACUUUGCCGGUGAGCUACAGGUUUCCGUCACCGGCCUCUUUGACAAGAUCUACGACCGUGGAGAUGGAGCUGUCGUCUGUCUUGACAUGGUCGUCCUCGAGAGGGGCCUCUGGCAGUCAGAGCAUACCAGAAAACACUGCGAGGAGGAACUCUUUCAGCUCUUCAUCGCCAAGCUGAUGGAGUCCGGCCACGACCACGACGGACGCUCUCUCAAGGGCAUUGCUCGUCUACUCGUCGUUGAUGCCGAGAGCCUCAAGCACCUGGUCGACGAGGAAGGAUUUGACGUUAUCUUCUCCUCCCUCGACCGGAGACUGCCUGCUGAUGUCAGGAGCCAGGCCACCCUCGCAACCGCAAAGUACCUGGAAGUCUCCGGAGAGGCCGGCCAGACGCUCUGCGCCAACUUCAUCAAGGCACGGGUCGCGAAACAUCGAAAGGGUGACUACAUCAUUGCCUUCUCGGGCGCCAGCGUCGUCUUCCCCAUCAUGCCAGAGUUUGCCGUCAGCCUCUUCCUGACCGAAUCCUUCCUCAAAUCCCUCAUUCCUUUGCUUGCCCGGAAAAUCAAGUGCAAGAACCUGGAACUCGCUGUUUUGGAACUGUUCAACGCCGCCUCCGUCAAUGGCUCCUGUCGAGAGGCCAUAUCCAAACACUUUUUGGACUGGCUUUCGGAACACCUGAAUGGAGGCACAGACGAAGCAAGUGCCCUGGCUGCCGUGGUUUUGGCAAAGCUUAGCGUCUCUCCCAAGGACGCCAGCGCAGACAAGGACAAGUCCGGAGUUGUUCAAGAGGAACAUGCAGACCCCUUGGAACUCGUAAACAGGUUCAAGACCAUGCUUGCGAAGAAACCUGGUCAAGAUGGUAACAAUAAUCUACGACACCUUGUCGAAGGCCUGGCAUAUGCCUCUGUCAAGGCUGAGGUCAAGGAACAGCUCGCCAACGAUGCCAAGUUCCUACGUGACUUGAUCGGUGUCCUGCUAGGAUCUAUUGCCGACUCGACCGUCGUCUAUGGGGGGCUGAUGAUAAUACACAACAUCACCGCCUAUCGACCAAACAUGUCCGAGGAACAGAAGAAAAUGUCCGAACUGAAGGCGUAUGCAAAUGCCUCCAAGCCCCGCGCAGCUGCUAAUCCGCUAGAUGACGAUGGCCAUACCAAAGCAAGGUGCGUCGCGGUCGUAAACGCAGGCGUGAUGCCCUUGCUGGCGGAAUGCGGCAAGUCACAGUUGGCCUCUCCCAAGGAUCUAGUCAACAAGAUCAUCCUCUCCCUAUCCAAGGACUCGAAGGCAAGAGGCAAACUAGCUCAACAAGGCGCCGUCAAGCUCUUGAUCUCGUCCGUCACCUCCCAGGAUGGCAACACAUCCAAGAAUGCGGCCGAGAGCACCGUCACAAGUGGUGCCCAUGCACUCGCCCGCAUCCUCAUCUCCGUAAAUCCAUCUCACGUCUUCCCUUCCUCUGGUUUUCCACAAAUCACCUCCGCCAUCCGCCCGCUCAACAUCCUGCUUACUCCCACAGGAUCGACCAGCAUCUCCUCCGACCAGCCGCGCGACCUCCUACCGGUCUUUGAAAGUCUACUUGCCCUCACAAACCUUGCCUCCUAUCCCGACCAAAGCGUCAGCACUUCAAUAGUUCGCUCGGCAUGGCCCACUAUCGAGGAUCUCCUCCUCUCACACCACACGUACAUCCAACGUGCAGCCUGCGAAUUAGUCUGCAACCUCAUGUCCUGCGAAGCCGGUGUAGGCAAGUUUGCAGACGGCACCCACCGCGCCAGCCAACGCAUGCAUAUUCUCCUGGCACUAGCCGAUAUCGAUGACCUGCCCACCCGCAGCGCCGCUGGCGGUGCCCUGGCGAUGCUUACUGGCUUUGAAGGCGCCGUCUCUGCCAUCGUGGAGCGUCCCAGGGGCAUCGAUAUCGUCCUUGGCUUGUGCCAGGAAGAUGACGAUGGGCUCGUUCAUCGUGGAGUAGUGUGUGUUCAGAAUAUCGUCGGCGCGACCGGCGAUAUUGGACGCAAAGCUAGAAUAUCACUGCGUGAGAAACGUGGCAUGGAGAUUUUGAGGGACUGUCUUACCAAGACUAAGAAUCCUGUUGUCAUGCGGAGUGGAGUUGAGGCGUUGAAGCAGUUGGUUGACCGUCAGGUAUCGAACUAG